UUCGAACUCUAAUAUAGAAUCGUUUUCAUUAAUAAAUAAUGUUAUAUCCCCAUAGGGGCACGUACACACGAUAAUUGUAUGGAGAAAUUACGUAAGGCAUAAAUAUGCUUACGAUCCUCUUAUUUUCCACUCACUUUUUCUUACUUACCUCUUCUAAUUAACAACAAAUUAUCUCUACUCUUUCCCAGAAAUAGCUUACUUUUACUCCCCAACAACUCCCAUCCUAACUUGACUAUAUAUAUAACGCCAUUGUUAUUAUCCGGUGACACCUUUAAGCAAAUAAAUUAAUCCGUCCGCUAGAACAAAUAUAUAUACCCAUCAUUUUUUUCUUACAUGAUUUUAAUAUUUAAUUAAUUAAUUUUCUCUUUUUUAUCUUAUUUUACAAUUUAAUUUAAGGUAUUUGAGCAGGAAAUUAAUAAAAAUGGAGGGAAAUAGGCAGAAUAGUAGAGGUUGGGGGAGAAAUUUGAGUAGGAAAAUGAGUUCAAGUUGGGGGGUUGAAGAUGUAUUUGGGAGUCAAACAAGAGGAAGUACAAGAGCACAUGAAGAAGAUGAAGAAGCUUUAAAAUGGGCUGCCUUAGAAAAACUACCCACUUAUAAUAGGUUAAGGACUAGUGUCCUUAAAUCUUAUGGUGCUGAUACUCAAAAUCAACUUAAGGAAGUUGAUGUUAGGAAACUUGAUGUCAAUGAUAGAAUUCAGUUCAUUGAUAGAUUGUUCAGAGUUGCUGAGGAAGAUAAUGAAAAGUUCCUUAAAAAGCUCAAAGAUAGAAUUGAUAAGGUAGGGAUAGUAUUGCCAACGGUUGAAGUAAGAUUCGAACAUUUGACAAUUGAAGCAGAUUGUUAUGUGGGUACAAGAGCUCUUCCCACCCUACCAAAUGCAGCUAGAAAUUUCGCAGAAGCAAUCAUUGGUAUGAUUGGUAUUAAAUUAGCUGAGAGGAAAAAACUCACCAUCCUCAAAGAUAUAUCAGGCAUAGUCAAACCAUCAAGGAUGUGCUUAUUGUUAGGGCCACCGUCCUCAGGAAAGACCACUCUCUUGCUAGCUCUUGCUGGAAAGCUGGACCCAUCUCUAAAGGUGCAAGGAGAGGUGACCUACAAUGGACAUAGAUUAGAUGAAUUUGUACCACAAAAGACAUCAGCUUACAUUAGUCAAAAUGAUGUCCACAUUGGAUCUAUGACUGUCAAAGAAACCUUGGAUUUUUCAGCUCGUUGCCAAGGAGUUGGUUCUCGAUAUGAACUCCUAUCUGAACUUGCAAGGAGAGAAAAACAACAUGGGUUAAAACCCGAUCCUGAAGUCGACCUUUUUAUGAAGGCAACUGCAAUGGAAGGUGUAGAAAGCAAUCUUAUUGUGGACUAUACACUUAGAAUAUUAGGGCUGGAUAUAUGUCGUGACACACUUGUUGGUGAUGAAAUGCAACGUGGUAUUUCUGGUGGACAGAAGAAACGUGUUACUACAGGUGAAAUGAUAGUGGGGCCAACAAAGACAUUAUUCAUGGACGAAAUAUCAACUGGGCUGGAUAGUUCCACAACAUUCCAAAUAGUAAAGUGUUUGCAACAAAUAGCCCAUUUAUCAGAUGCAACAAUCUUAAUGUCUUUACUUCAGCCUGCUCCUGAGACCUUUGAACUCUUUGAUGAUAUCAUGUUAUUAUCAGAAGGCCAGAUUGUUUAUCAAGGCCCAAGAGAACAUGUUGUUGAAUUCUUUGAAUCUUGUGGUUUCCGUUGCCCUGAAAGAAAGGGUACUGCUGAUUUCCUUCAAGAGGUAACUUCAAAGAAGGAUCAAGAACAAUAUUGGGCCGAUAAAACCAAGCCCUAUAAGUACAUACCCGUAUCCGAGUUCGUGACCCGAUUCAAACGCUUCCAUGUUGGGCUAAGACAAGACAACGAGCUUUCAGUCCCAUACGACAAGGCCCAAUCCCACAAGGCAGCAUUAGUGUACGACAGAUACUCAGUCCCAUACAAAGAACUCCUAAAAGCAUCCUUUGAUAAGGAAUGGAUGCUUAUUAAGAGGAACCCAUUUGUGUACAUCUUUAAGGCUAUACAAAUCAUGAUCGUGGCGGCGAUUACAUCAACGGUGUUUAUUAGAUCAAGGAUGCAUACUAGGAAUGAAGCUGAUGGAGCUUUGUACAUGGGAGCAUUGAUAUUUACACUGAUUAUAAACAUGUUUAAUGGGUUUGCUGAAAUGGCUGUGAUCAUGCAGAGACUUCCUGUGUUUUAUAAACAUAGGGAUCUUCUUUUUCAUCCUGCUUGGACUUUUACGUUACCAAGUUUUUGUCUUGGGAUUCCUAUUUCUAUUUUUGAAUCUAUUGUUUGGACUUCUGUUACCUACUAUUCCAUUGGAUUUGCUCCUGAAGCUAGCAGGUAUUUCAAGCAACUGCUAUUGGUGUUCCUUAUCCAACAAAUGGCUGCUGGAUUGUUUCGUGUUACAGCUGGUUUGUGUAGGACUAUGAUCAUUGCAAAUACAGGAGGAGCUCUUUCUGUUCUCCUUAUGUUCAUGCUUGGUGGUUUCAUCCUUCCUAAAAGUCAAAUUCCCAAUUGGUUGCAAUGGGGAUAUUGGGUGUCACCUUUGUCCUAUGCAUUUAACGCACUUGCUGUCAAUGAGAUGUUUGCUCCUCGUUGGAUGAACAAAUUGGCAUCAGAUGGUGUAACUCCUUUAGGUGUACAAGUAUUGAAGAGCUUCAAUGUGUUCCCAUAUAGUUAUUGGUAUUGGAUAGGAGCUGGAGGCCUUGUUGGGUUUAUAGUUCUUUCCAAUCUGAUUUUCACUGUUGCACUUACUUACCUAAAUCCACUUGGAAAGCCACAAGCAAUCAUUUCCAAAGAUGAUGAAAAUGAUAUGGAAGAUGACCACCCAGAGAAAAGAUCCAAGAAAUUAUCCUCUGCUGAUGGAAAUAAUACGAGGGAGUUGGCACUUCAAAGAAUCAUGAGUCGAUCUAAUCCCAAUGGAUUCAGUAGAAACGAUUCAUCUGUCGAAGCUGCAAAUGGUGUCGCUCCUAAGAGAGGAAUGGUUCUCCCAUUUACGCCACUUGCUAUGUCCUUCGAUGAUGUGAGCUACUUCGUUGAUAUGCCUCCGGAAAUGAAGGAACAAGGUGUAUCAGAAGAUAGGCUUCAACUUCUUCGAGAAGUGACCGGUGCAUUUAGGCCAGGAGUUUUGACAGCUCUAAUGGGUGUUAGUGGAGCUGGAAAGACCACUUUGAUGGAUGUUUUAGCUGGAAGAAAGACUGGGGGAUACAUUGAAGGCGAUAUAAGAAUCUCCGGUUUUCCCAAGAUUCAAGAAACAUUUGCUCGAGUUUCGGGUUAUUGUGAACAAACUGAUAUCCAUUCUCCUCAAGUCACAGUUAAAGAAUCUUUGAUUUACUCGGCUUUCCUCAGGCUCCCAAAAGAAGUCUCCAAUGAAGAAAAACUCAUUUUUGUCGAGGAGGUAAUGGAGUUGGUAGAGCUGGACGGCCUUAAAGAUGCGAUUGUAGGGUUACCGGGAGUAACAGGAUUAUCAACCGAACAAAGAAAGCGGCUGACAAUAGCUGUUGAACUUGUAGCAAACCCUUCAAUCAUAUUUAUGGAUGAGCCAACUUCUGGUCUUGAUGCUAGGGCCGCUGCCAUUGUGAUGAGGACAGUACGAAACACAGUCGAUACAGGAAGAACUGUUGUUUGUACGAUUCAUCAACCUAGUAUUGAUAUAUUCGAAGCUUUUGAUGAGCUACUUUUGAUGAAAAGAGGAGGACAAGUUAUCUACUCGGGGCCAUUAGGUCGAAACUCACACAAAGUUGUCGAGUAUUUUGAGUCGAUUCCUGGAGUUCCUAAGAUUACCGAUCAGUACAACCCCGCGACAUGGAUGCUAGAAGUGAGCUCCAUUGCUGCUGAAGUAAGGCUAGAAAUGGACUUCGCAGAGCAUUAUAAGUCAUCAUCGCUUUACCAAAGAAACAAGGCUCUCGUAAAGGAACUAAGCGUACCGCCACCAGGAGCAAAGGACUUGUAUUUCCCGACUCAAUAUGCACAAUCGACAUGGGGUCAAUUCAAGUCGUGUCUUUGGAAACAAUGGAUGACUUAUUGGAGAAGUCCGAGUUACAAUCUUGUCCGAUACUUCUUCACUUUGUCCGCUGCUCUAAUCGUUGGAGCUAUCUUUUGGAAAGUUGGAACUAACUUGGAUAAUGCGAAUAGUCUAAACAUAGUUAUCGGAGCCAUGUAUGCUGCUGUACUCUUUGUCGGAAUCUGCAACUGUGGAACAGUUCAGCCAGUCGUUGCUGUCGAAAGAACCGUGUUUUACAGAGAGCGAGCUGCAGGAAUGUAUUCUGCGUUGCCAUAUGCUAUCUCACAGGUGGUUGUUGAAGUUCCUUACAUAUUCAUUCAAGCAGCAUAUUAUUCGAUCAUAGUUUAUGCUAUGAUGAGUUUCCAAUGGACUGCUGGAAAAUUCUUUUGGUUCUUCUUCAUAACAUUAUUCUCCUUCCUAUACUUUACAUACUACGGAAUGAUGACGGUCUCGAUCACACCGAAUCACCAAGUUGCUUCCGUCUUUGCGGCUGCUUUCUACGCUCUCUUCAACCUCUUUUCGGGUUUUUUCAUUCCUAGACCGAAAAUACCGAAAUGGUGGGUAUGGUACUACUGGAUCUGCCCUGUAGCGUGGACAGUUUACGGGUUGAUUGUGUCGCAAUACGGUGAUCUAACGCAAACGCUUAAAGGUACGGGAUUUCCACAAGAUCCAAUGAUAAAGGAUUAUAUUCAAGUUCAUUUUGGGUAUGAUCCAGAUUUUAUGGGUCCAGUUGCUGUGGUUUUGGUGGGUUUCACAGUGUUCUUUGCCUUCUUGUAUGCCUACUGCAUUAGGACACUUAACUUCCAAAUGAGGUAGAGGGUGUUAGACAAUAAAUGUAUAAAAUAACACUAUUACUUGUUAGCCUAAUUGAAGUAUAAUAUAUUUUCAAGAGAGAAAGUUGUAAAUAUGCAGAGAAUCUUGUAGUAUUAUAUAGCCUAUAGUUUGAAGAAAAUGGUGUAGGGAAAUAUAGAAAUUAUAUGUAUGGAUUUCCCUAUUUUAUGAUUUAGUAGUGUUGCAUUAUGUAUUGUGAAAUUGUAAAUGAUUAUUUGAUA